UCAUUGAAUUUCCUUUGUCUUUGAGAAUAUAAUGUUUAUAUCAAGUUUUACGUAGCAUUAAUUUUGUCUUCUGCCGACACUGCGUGUGUCUGCUAAACUAACUAACACUCCGAAAAGGAUUGACCGCUAACCUACGUGUCAUUCACCAUAACACAAAACGUUAUAUAUUUUCAAAUUUAUCUCUGCCUUUGAUUUCUGUUUCACUACCACACUUCAAUCUUCGUUGACAUGUCAACCAACCUCUGCUUCGAAGGAUUGGAUGAAAGAAGAGAGAGGAAAUUGAGUUUUGAGAACAAUUUGGAGGAUGAUAGGUGGACAAGAAUUGGCAGUUUGAAAAAGAAAGCACUGAAUGCGUCCAGCAAAUUCAGACAUUCUUUUAAGAAGAAAAGAAGCAGAAAAGGUGCUAGCAGGAGCGAUUCCCUCUCCAUUGAGGAUGUUCGAGAUGUUAAAGAGCUUCAAGCAGUGGAUGCUUUUCGUCAGGCACUCGUGCUAGAUAACUUGCUGCCUCCAUUACAUGAUGACUAUCAUAUGUUAUUGAGAUUCUUGAAAGCAAGGAAGUUUGAUAUUGAGAAAGCAAAGCACAUGUGGGCCAACAUGAUCCAGUGGAGGAAAGAAUAUGGUACAGAUACAAUUAUGGAGGAUUUUGAAUUCAAGGAGUUGGAUGAAGUCUUGAAGUACUACCCGCAUGGAUAUCACGGUGUAGAUAAGGAAGGAAGGCCUGUUUAUAUUGAGAGGCUAGGGAAAGUUGAUCCCAACAAGCUUAUGCAAGUAACUACCUUGGAAAGGUAUUUGAGAUACCAUGUGCAGGGUUUUGAAAAAGCAUUUGCUGUUAAGUUUCCGGCUUGCUCUAUAGCUUCUAAGAAACACAUAGAUUCAAGUACAACCAUUUUGGAUGUUCAAGGCGUGGGCUUCAAAAACCUAACCAAGUCUGCACGGGAACUGAUCACCCGGCUACAGAAGAUUGAUGGUGAUUACUAUCCUGAAACACUCUGCCAAAUGUUUAUCAUUAAUGCUGGUCCUGGUUUUAAGAUGCUCUGGAACACGGUGAAAUCAUUUCUUGAUCCCAAAACUACUUCAAAGAUUCAUGUUCUUGGAAACAAGUUCCAGAGUAAACUACUUGAGAUUAUAGAUGAGAGUGAGCUGCCAGAAUUUCUUGGUGGUAGUUGCACUUGUGUAGAUCAGGGUGGUUGUAUGAGGUCUGAUAAAGGGCCAUGGCAAGACCCAAGCAUUUUAAAGAUGGUUCUUAGUGGUGAAGUGGGAUGUUCUAAACAAAUAGUAACGGUUUCUAAUGACGAGGGGAGGGUGAUUGAAUGUGACAAGAUAUCUUAUCCAACGAUAAGAGGUAGUGAUACAUCUGCAGGAGAAUCAGGAUCUGAAGUUGAAGACAUAGCUUCUCCCAAAGCAUGUGGGAACUGUAUAAGCCCUGUGUUAACUCCUGUCCUUGAAGAAGCAAGAUUGGUUGGUAAGGCUAGUCAUACUGGCAGUUUAGUUGAGUAUGUUCCCAUGGUUGACAAGGCUGUUGAUUUUGGAAAGAAGGAGAAGCAAGCAACGCCUCGAAAGUUAUUUUGUUCAACAGCGGGCUUCAUUUUGGCUCUUUAUACCUUUGCUCGUUCAAUAGCAUUUCGUGUCACCAAGGGAAUUCGCCACUCAGAAUCUGGUUCUUCCGCAAAUAUACUUAACAUGACCGUUGAUUCAAUAUCCAAGGAGGAAUCUCGCCCUCCUUCAUCUGCUCCCGGAUUCACAAAGACAAACCUUCCCUUAUCAACCUUAAAACGCCUUGGUGAGCUUGAAGAGAAAGUUGUGAUUCUACAGUCAAAGCCUAAUGUGAUGCCAUAUGAAAAAGAGGAGCUGCUGAAUGCUGCAGUUUAUCGUGUGGAUGCAUUGGAAGCAGAGUUGAUAGCUACAAAGAAGGCAUUAUACGAAGCUUUGAUAAGACAAGAAGAACUUAUGGCAUACAUAGACAGUGAGGGAAGAUGCAAAUUCAAGAGAAAGGUUUGCUGGUGAAGAGAAACUGUACAUGGUCGAGUUGAGUUGUUCGGUGGGUAUCACACUUCUUCUUCCUCUCUCUCUCUCCACAUACGUACGUAUAUAUGAGGAAAAUCAAUUGACGGGUGUAAUAAUGUAUACAAUUACAGUAAACAAUUUGUACUGUCUCUGUUUCCAUGUAUGUUGAUGUCAAUAACAUACUUGAGAAGUAAACCAGAGCCUUCUUCAUUUGAGCAGUGUUUUAUUUUUAUUUUUA